CCCGAACGGACGAGAGGGGAGAAGAACAGGCCUGUUUUUCGGUGGUUGCUUUGCAACCCGCCCGAGCCGAAUCGAUCCAUCGCAUUUAUUGAUUUUUUUAUCGUAUUGAUUGAGCGCUUGCUGUGUGCUGAGCGCCUGGGAAGCCCAAGUGGGCGGGAGCAGGGUGCAAGUUGGUUCGGCCCGAACGGACGAGAGGGGAGAAGAACAGGCCUGUUUUUCGGUGGUUGCUUUGCCACCCGCCCGAGCCGAAUCGAUCCAUCGCAUUUAUUUAUUUUUUUAUCGUAUUGAUUGAGCGCUUGCUGUGUGCUGAGCGCCUGGGAAGUACAAGUGGGCGGGAGCAGGGUGCAAGUUGGUUCGGCCCGAACGGACGAGAGUGGAGAGGAGCAGGCCUGUUUUUUGGUGGUUACUUUGCCACCCACCCGAGGCGAAUCGAUCCAUCGUAUUUAUUGAUUUUUUAAUCGUAUUUACUGAGCGCUUGCUGUGUGCUGAGGGCCUGGGAAGCCCAAGUGGGCGGGAGCAGGGUGCAAGUUGGUUCGGCCCGAACGGACGAGAGUGGAGAGGAGCAGGCCUGUUUUUUGGUGGUUACUUUGCCACCCACCCGAGGCGAAUCGAUCCAUCGUAUUUAUUGAUUUUUUAAAUCGUAUUUAUUGAGCGCUUGCUGUGUGCUGAGCGCCUGGGAAGUCCAAGUGGGCGGGAGCGGAGUGCGCGUUGGAUCGGCCCGAACGGACGAGAGUGGAGAAGAACAGGCCUGUUUUUCGGUGGUUGCUUUGCCACCCACCCGAGGCGAAUCGAUCCAUCGUAUUUAUUGAUUUUUUAUCGUAUUUAUUGAGCGCUCGCUGUGUGCUAAGCGCCUGGGAAGCUCAAGUGGGCGGGAGCGGAGUGCGCGUUGGUUCGGCCCGAACGGACGAGAGUGGAGAAGAACAGGCCUGUUUUUCGGUGGUUAUUGUACCACCCACCCGAGCCGAAUCGAUCCAUCGCAUUUAUUGAUUUUUUAUCGUAUUGAUUGAGCGCUUGCUGUGUGCUGAGCGCCUGGGAAGCUCAAGUGGGCGGGAGCAGAGGAGUGCGCGUUGGUUCGGCCCGAACGGACGAGAGUGGAGAAGAACAGGCCUGUUUUUCGGUGGUUAUUGUACCACCCACCCGAGCCGAAUCGAUCCAUCGCAUUUAUUGAUUUUUUAUCGUAUUGAUUGAGCGCUUGCUGUGUGCUGAGCGCCUGGGAAGCCCAAGUGGGCGGGAGCGGAGUGCGCGUUGGUUCGGCCCGAACGGCGAGGGACCAGAGUGGAGAAGAACAGGCCUGUUUUUUGGUGGUUAUUGUACUACCCGCCCGAGCCGAAUCGAUCCAUCGCAUUUAUUGAUUUUUUAAUCGUAUUUACUGAGCGCUUGCUGUGUGCUGAGCGCCUGGGAAGUAUAAGUGGGCGGGAGCAGGGUGCAAGUUGGUUCGGCCCGAACGGACGAGAGUGGAGAGGAGCAGGCCUGUUUUUUGGUGGUUACUUUGCCACCCACCCGAGGCGAAUCGAUCCAUCGUAUUUAUUGAUUUUUUUAUCGUAUUGAUUGAGCGCUUGAUGUGUGCUGAGCGCCUGAGAAGUCCAAGUGGGCGGGAGCAGAGUGGGAGCCAACGAUUGCGUGACCUUUGACCCUCCCGCCACUCAUUCAGGCGUCUUGAUCGGGCGCCUACUAGGUGCAGGGCACUGGGCUAAGCGCCAUGAUCGAGGUGGUGGCCGCGCUGAGCCGGGGCCCGGUGUUCCUGGCUGGGGAGGCGCUGGAGUGUGUCGUCACUGUCACCAACCCCCUGGCCCCGACGGCCACCUCGGCCUCCAGCGAGGCCUUGGCCUGGGCCAGUGCUCAGAUCCACUGCCAGUUCCACGCCAGCGAGAGUCGUGUGGCGUUGCCUCCACCGGAUGCCAGUCAGCCAGAUGUCCAGCCCGAGAGCCAGACUGUGUUCCUGCCACACCGAGGUGAACGGGGUCAGUGUAUUCUUUCCACCCCUCCGAAGAUCUUAUUCUGUGACCUGCGACUCGAUCCUGGGGAGUCCAAGUCCUAUUCCUACAGUGAAGUCCUUCCGGUGGACGGGCCACCUUCGUUCCGGGGUCAGUCAGUCAAGUAUGUCUACAAGCUGACCAUCGGCUGUCAGAGGGUCAACAGCCCCAUCACCUUGCUUAGGGUCCCGCUGAGGGUGCUAGUGCUGACUGGCCUGCAGGAUGCCUGCUUUCCCCAGGAUGAGGCAGUGGCCCCCUCCAGCCCAUUCCUGGAGGAGGAGGAAGGCAGAAGGAAGGAUUCACAACUGGCAGAGCUGGCAGGAGAACUUCUCAUGGCUGCCACAUCCCGCCGCAACCUGCAGUUGUACAAUAUCAGCGACGGCCAGGGGAAGGUCGGGACGUUUUGCAUCUUCAAAUCCGUGUACAGACUCGGGGAAGACAUAGUGGGGACGCUGAGCCUGGAGGAGGGGGCUGUCGCCUGUCUGCAGUUCUCGGUGAGCUUGCAGACGGAGGAGAGUGUGCAGCCUGAGUACCAGAGGCGCCGGGGGAGCGGAGGCCCACCUCCUGUGUCUCACGUGACUCACGCCCGGCACCAGGAGUCCUGCCUGCACACAGCCAGGACUAGUUUCUGCCUUCCUAUCCCACUCAGUUCCACGCCCGGCUUCCGCACUGCUAUCGUGUCCCUCCGGUGGCGGCUCCACUUUGAAUUUGUGACUGCACGGGAGCCGGGUUUGGUUUUGCUCCCCCCGACAGAGUGGCCUGAAUCCGGGACUUGGACGGGACCAGAGCAGGUGCCCGUGGACACCUUCAGCUGGGACCUGCCCAUUAAGGUGCUGCCCACCAGCCCUGCCCAGGCCUCUUACGCUGCCCCAGGCCCCAGCACCAGCACCGUCACCAUCUGAGAACCCUCCCUCGACCCGACCCUCGAGCUGCGACAGGACAUCGGCCUCUGCUCCAACCCUCGGAGCUUGGGGGAUUCGGACCGGGAUGGGUGCCCGCGGUGACUUGGACGGGAGGCCGCUGAGGUGGUGGGGGACAGGCGCCCGAGAGGUCCUGGCAGCCCUGACGACUGGAGACGUUGUACAGAGUCGUUAACUUAUUUAUUAGAAUAAAGUCGCAGCUGCUAGUGGUUUCCCCGAA